AUGGCUCCCACCGCCGCCUGCGCUGACAGCCGCUGCUGCGCUGGCGCUGACGCUCGCCGGCGCAGGCAGCGCUCUCUGGGCUCCCCGCCCGGCUCUCAGCCCUGCUGCCACUCGGCUGCCCUCCGAGGCGCGGUGCUCGCUGCAGGCUCUCGGCCGAAGUCAAUAGAAGAUCAAGUUUGCGGGCUGGUAGGCCAUGGUUCAGUUGGCAUUGAAAGGCCAAACAUUUCGCCUGCGGUGGACGUCCUCAGGGGCACGGGCGCAGUGUUCGGGCGUUGCCCUGGAGAGGCCACUGCAAUAGGAUCCUGUACAAUACAUAUGUUACCAGAAAAUAAUUGUUUUGACAUAUGGAAAGUUCGCACCAGUACGUCUUUCAGCGAGGGCAUAAAUUUUACCCAAGAAGUCACUGCAGGCGGAGAGAGAAAUACUAUAAUUUUAAAACUCUUCAAUUAUAAAGGGAGGCGGUUUUUGAUAAUAACGCAACCAGAAGAGACGUGGUGGCAGGUGGAUGUGCCCGAAGGAGAACACAACAUCACCAUCACUGGAUUGACAGGCUCCCUCAAUGAAACAAACCCCCUCAUCAAUCCUGUUGUUUAUGAAGGUUGCCCACCUCCUCGUAUCAAUUACAAAGCUUUUAGGAAAUUACACAGGAUGGAGAUAUUUGUAACUCCACUGGACGAGCACAUGACUUCCCUUGCUGAUGCUUCUGUUUCUGUUCGAAUUUUAUCCACCAACAAAACAAAUUUUAGCGAUUGCAAUGCUCACUCUACUGACGAUAUAAAAAUGGAAAAUGGAUCGAUAGGCAGUACAAUAUUAAUUGAUGGAAUCUACAGCACAGCAUUUUGUUUUAUGAUCUGGGUAAACACGUCCGACGGUAAUUAUCGAAGAUAUACUUGUGAGAUAUUGGAAAAUAUGACAGGGCUCGCGGCGCGGCGUCGCAGAGUUGGCCGGCCGCUGCUCCCCGCCCCCACGGCCAGUGCUCCAGGGCCGGAUCGAAGAUGUGGGUGGCACGGGCCCCAGUUUGGUGGGAGGCCCAUUGUUUCAAGGGGUUGCAAUAUUUUGAAUAUAUUUCCUGACUUUGUUUCCCUACAAGUUCGUAAAUCCGCGUUAAAGUUGCGAUAUUUCACGCGGGGAUGGCUCAUCGCAGCGUGUGGUGCCUCCCCCGGCGACCGCGGGUGUUUUCUCAGACGCUUCCUUAUCUGCGAGCGCCCGCACCUGGCCACCUCCGCCCCGCGCCCCGCGCCCGCGGAGGCUGGGAGGGGCGAGGCGGGGCGGGGCGGGGCGGGGCAAGGCGGGGUGCGGGUGGGGGCGGGCGCGACGUUAGCGUCUCGGGCGAGCGAAGCCACACGGCCGUCGCCGCCGCGCCGAGAGGGCGAUGGCUCCACCGCCGCUGCCGCUGACGCCGCUGCUGGCGCUGGCGCUGACGCUCGCAGGCGCAGGCAGCGCUCUCUGGCUCCCGCCCGGCUCUCAGCCCCUGUGCCACUUCGAGCUGCCCUCCGAGGCGCGGUGCUCGCUGCAGAUAGUUGUUUUGAGAAUUGGGACGUUUGCUGGCACAACAUUUCUUUUAUCGAAAAUAUAAAUUUCACUCAAAAGUUUGACGAGGAAAGAAAAAAUACGUCGCUGGAAAUAUAUGGUUAUAAGGGUUGCCCACCACCGCGUGUGAGUUACUCAGCAUAUCGACAAUUGCACAAAUUUGAAAUAUUGGUCUCUCCUUCAGAUGAGCACAAUUCCAAUGAGGAUGUUUCAGUUCACAUGGCAAGCUCAAACGAGACGGAUUUCAGUCUCGACGAUUGUCGAAAUCCAGAAUUGAAAUUUGACAAAGAAGCACAUGGAAAAAUUGAGGUGACUUGGGAGAAAACGAAUCGACGAUAUAGAUGCCAUUUACAAAACAACAUGACAGAGGCGCCGUUCCACCCGGCCUACGCAUCCGUGGAGCCUCCCACGUGGUGGGUGGUGGGGCUCGUCCUGCUCGUCAUCCUCCUCGCGCUGUCCGGCUUGGGACCGCUGGCCAUCCGAAAAGGUUCUUUUCAUUUAUCACAGCCUAGCAGCAUUCCUAGCAGACCUCAAAGCUGGUGCGGCGGCGGCGGCGGCGGCGGCGGCGGAGCAGCGGCGAUGGAGGCGGCGGGAGGCGCGACGCAGGGGUGGGGGCGGAGCAGCGCGCCUAGGGGGCGCCCCACGCACUCCUGCCGUGGACUCUCUCCAAGCAGAGACAUGUUACAAGAAGAACUGAUUGGUACUGCUAAGGAAAUAAUAAACGCUUCAACAAAUAAAAGUCGAAACAAUCUAAAAUAAUUACAAAAGGACCUGCUUAUUACCCGUACGACGUACCCAGAAAUCUAGGCAUAUUCUCCAAGAAAUAUCAGAGAUUAAAACUAAGGUUUUUUAACGCAAACAUUGGAAUAAGCAUAUAACUACAUAUCAGUGCUAAUAACGUCUGAACAGCUUCCUCCAUCGUAAGGUGGAGGUAAGAAUCACACCACUGAAAUGCGAAACUUAGCUACCGCGAAUCCCA